AUGUCCACUCUCAACGAACCCUUUUAUAUUCGUUACUAUUCCGGUCAUCAGGGUCGACACGGACAUGAAUUUCUUGAAUUCGACUUUCGAGUACUAGGGGAUGGAAGAAGUGCAUCCGCACGUUAUGCCAACAAUUCCAAUUAUCGAAACGAUUCCCUGAUUCGCAAAGAAAUGUGUGUGAGCUCCUUGAUGGUUGAGGAAAUUAAGAGGAUCAUUAAGACCAGUGAAAUUUUGAAGGAAAAUCAUAGCAAAUGGCCCCAGAAGAAUAAAGACGGACGUCAGGAACUGGAAAUCAAAAUAGGCAGCGAGUUUAUGCAAUUUGAGACUGCCAAGAUUGGAUCUCUCGUUGAUGUUACAGAGUCUCAAGAUCCUGAAGGCCUUCGGGUGUUCUACUAUCUUGUACAGGAUCUGAAAGCAUUGGUGUUUUCAUUGAUAGCACUGCAUUUCAAGAUCAAGCCUAUUUGA